AUGGGUGGAAAACAUACUCAACAUACUCAUCAAGUAUCGAGUGGACUUACAGACGAACAAGUUGCUUCACUCAAAGCAAAUACCAACUAUACAGAAAAAGAAAUUCGAGAAUGGCAUGCGGGCUUUAUUCGUGAUUGUCCAGCAGGCAAACUUGACAAAAAAAAAUUUAUUGAAGUUUUCAAACAAUUCUACCCACAAGGCAAACCCGACAAGUUUUGCAAGCUUACUUUUGAUGCAUUCGAUAUCAAUAAGGAUGGUACAGUAAGCUUUGAUGAAUUUCUUAUAGCCUAUUCAGCUGCAAGAAAUGGUAACCUUGAUGAUCGUCUUGAUCUUGUUUUUCGUGUAUAUGAUAUUUCGGAUGAUGGAUUUAUUGAUGAAGAAGAAUUAACAAAAUUGAUUGUUGCUUUGUAUGAUCUUGUUGGUAAAACUAAUCGUAAAGGUGAUCAUGAUCCAAAAAGGCGUGCUGCACAGAUUAUGGCAAAACUGGAUGCUAAUGGUGAUAAAAAAUUAACGAAAGCAGAAUUCGUUAGCGGAUGUAAAGCUGAUCCAUUUCUUCGACGAUUACUUGAUCCGAACAGCUAA